AUGGCUACGCUAUCCAGUAACGCAGCGAUGCCGGAUGGAGUGCCAGACCUACGCUUUUCAGAGCCUGGGCAAAAGGACACACUACAACAGAUCAACAUUAUUGCAAACAGCAUAUCAAUCGCUUCAGCAUCCACUGUUCUCAUUAUACUACUUGCGAUGCGAAUUUACGACUACCGCCUUGUCGACCGUGUCUCGUUACGUUUGACAGCCGCUACAUCAUUAACUGAUCUGAUUUCAUCUGUGUCGUUGCUACUCUACUGUUAUACAGACAGCAAUGGAUCAGCAUGUCACAUAGCAGCCUUCCUCAUCAUCUGGUUGACCAACCAAUACAUGUUCUUGACCACCGCCAUCGCAUUCAAUCUUCAAUGGCUGUUUUUGCAAAGCCGAUAUUAUAAUCCAGUAUUUGAGAAAUGGUAUUACAUUGUUUCGGUUGCACUAUCUCUUCUCACUGCCGUCUUGCCGCUUUCGAGUAAUGUUCUGGGCUUCGAUGUAGCUCAAGGUGUCUGUUGGUAUACGGAUUCAUAUACUUUGCCUUCUCAGAUCUGGGAAUACGGCACAUACAUUGGUCCACAAAUCGUAUGUCUUACCUAUUGUACGACCGUCGUGGUCUUGGUCGUUGUCAAGUUAUUGCGCGAUGCUAAAAGUGAUCUCGUCGAUGAUGACGAAGUAAACGCGAUGCCAUCAACGUCGCAAACGGUCGUCAGUCGUGUAGUUCGCCGAAUUCUCCUUUAUCCAACAACCCCACUUUUAACGCAACUCGGCUUUAUUGUCUCUGAGAUUUACAUGUUUAGUACCCUCCGGGUGAGCUAUGAGCUUAAUGUAUGGGGAGUCCUUACCAAAGCGCUUCCGGGAUUCUUUAAUUUGGUAGGGUUCCUCAUGGAUCCUGCGUUUAUGGGUGCGCUCAGGCUUUUGAAACGCGACCUGAUCCGUCGGUACGGUGAUACUCAAACAGAUCUGCAUCGAUCAAGCUCACAUCGAAGUAUUGAUAAGCGCUCUUACAAAAUCUAUGCAGAUCACGGUGCACUUGACUUUGUCAUGCCCCGUGAUACGACCUGCGCAUCCCUUGCGCCCUUGGCCAAAGAACAACCACAAAAGACAUCCAAUAACCGAUGCAUGCGAUGGCUCGUGAAGCGCUUCUGCAAACCUGCUGCUGGUCCUGAUGCUGAUGCUGGUGCUUCCGGUGCUGGCUGCUCUUCUUUGCCUACCUGCGUUACUAUCACUGAAAUACACACGGAAAAGACGCCUUCCUCUGAGAACCUCCCGACAUUUCUAAACUCCCCAACCGCCUAUCUAAUAGGGGAAGAUAUCAGACGAGACUUUAUCGGAAAUCCUACUGCUGCUGCUGCUGCUGCCACGCCUAGCAGUAGCACUGCUUUGAGCUCCACAACUACUGUUAAUGCAGCUGGAUCGCCGCCGCGCCGACAACGAGAGCAACAAGAAAAUAACAGUACCACUGGAUGCUUUUCUGUGCCAGUGUUUCUGGAAGAUCAGCUCGAUGAAGCCGUACCAUGGCGAGUUUUGGAAGCGACAGAUGAACAAUACUACAGUCAGCAUGAUCAACAGCAGCAGCAACAACAACAGCAAUAUCAGCAACAACAGCAACCUCGAGGGAGCUGUAGUAACGGAACAUACAGCGAUCGAGAGGUUGACAGCUGGCUCGAGCUCAGCGAACCCAUCUCUCCUUCACGCAUGUCCCAAUGGCUAAACAAACGUGGCGAUUCGUUUGAGCUUGUACGAGAACGAGUAGCCCGAAGCUCAAAAAGUAUACGCCGAUGGUGUCGCCAACAGCAACAACUCCAUCAAGACGAUCAACUUGACAAAGUAGAAGAGCCUGAUCUUCUUGACACAUCACGUUGGUCACGAACUCUAUCUGGAUCCUAUUUUGAUCAUACGUUGCUGCAAUCUGUCCCCGAAUCACAUUUGGAAUCUGUUGAAGAGGCAUCACGCAGACACUACUGAUGAUCAUGGUGUGUGUAUACUGUGUACAUACAUCAUCGAUUGAUACAUACAUGAUCGAUACGUCAUAUACAUACAUUUUUAAAG